AUGACCAACGACGUAAAUGAGUGGCAAGUACUAAAGUUUCAGCCAUGGAAUAGCGCACCCGACGUGUCUUUCUGGCAGAAACUUACAUAUCUUAAGCUUAAUACGUUUCAGCUCAAUGACGAGGCGCAGGGAAUAAAAGGUUAUUUUACUCCUGGAAGAUCAAUGAAUGUACCAGCACGUUUUACAGUUGAUGAGAGCGCAUUUAAGAGUGAAAAUCUCGAGACUCAGAAGGAUGCAGAUACGAGAGACACGGAUCGUGCUCGAUAUGAAUGGCAAGCUCCUGGAUUACUUUACAAUACGAAUACUCUAGAGGCUUUUAAAAAGCUGGAUAAAACCGCGUUGCUACGAGCUGCUGGAGAUCAGAUCUUGGAUAUAAUUUUAGAUACUCAUGGGACGAACGACAUGUUGCUGGAUUGUUUGAACACCUUUGUGCUCGUCACUUUUGCCGAUUUGAAGAAACAUUCGUUCUUGUACUGGUUUGGAUUCCCGGCAUUGAUCCCGCCUACAUCGUUUCAGUAUCGAACUCCACCGGCAUCAGUGGAUUUGGUGUUGUCUGAAGAAGAACGGAUUCAUACACUACGUGGUCUGCUCAGGAUGCGUCAUGUGAGCAGUGAGUCAGAAACGGUAAACGGCAACUUUGCGCCGUUUUUCGUUGUAGAGCGUCUGGAUGUAAGUGCGAAUAGCGAAGAGAUCGUGAGAGUUUUGAAUGUUCACGAGUGGAGAGCAGCUGAUCAUAGAUUGGAUGAUGUGGUUGAGACAAUCUUUGGAUAUGUUGAUCCUUGCCCACUAAAGACUAAUCCUGGAUGGCCUCUGCGCAACUUUCUAGCGCUACUAACUGCGUUACCAACGGAGAAAGUGGAUUGUUCGAGGUCGAUGAAAAUCAUCUCUUUUCGUGAGCAUGUCCAUCAGUUUACGGAAGUACCUGAUGAUUUUGUAUGGAAGAACUCUGUGGUGUUUGAGGUACGAAGCAAUCAGACGUUCAUGGCAAACGGUCGGUCACGGCAAGAUGUACGCGUUAUAGGUUGGGAAGCCAAUGCUCAUGGCAAAAUGGGUCCGCGAAUAAUGGAGCUUGGCAGUAUCUUAGAUCCCAUUCAGCUAGCAAACACGUCGGUGGACUUGAAUCUGAAGCUAAUGCGAUGGCGCCAGCUGCCGUCUCUCGACUUGGACCUGCUCGUGCAAACCAAGUGUUUGCUACUGGGAGCUGGGACAUUAGGUUGUUACACGGCUCGAAACGUCGGAAAGCCUAAAGGCGAGUGCGCAGCUAGGGCGUUAAAGCGUAUUUUUCCACUUGUGAAUGCUCAGGCCGUGCAUCUUACGAUUCCAAUGGCAGGCCAUGCAUUGAGCAGUCCUCAAUUGAUAGAGGACGCCAAAACGGGUCUGGAGACGCUCGAGCAGCUGAUUGCAUCGCACGAUGUCGUCUUCUUGGGAACAGAUUCGCGUGAGAGUCGAUGGCUACCAACCGUGAUCGCCACGUCGCAAAAAAAACUUUUGCUGAAUACAGCACUUGGUUUCGACAGCUACCUAGUGAUGCGUCAUGGUGUCCGUCCUGACCAGCAGGAGAAUGGUGAUGCAACAACACCAUCGCUAGGUUGCUAUUUCUGCAAUGAUGUCGUGAGUCCUCGUGACUCACUGAAGGAUCGCACGCUGGAUCAAAUGUGCACAGUGACUCGACCAGGUCUUGCUCCGAUUGCUGCCGCAACGGCAGUGGAACUUGUUGUAGCUGUUUUACAUUCGCCUCAACAACAGUCUGUCGGUGCUGACAAGCCAAGCAAUGAUAGUGUCUCAAUGGGCUAUAUUCCACAUCAGCUUCGUGGAUUCUUGAAUGCGUUUCAAAGCAUGGUGAUUACCGGUGAAGCGUUUGACAAGUGCAUUGCAUGCAGUUCAAAAGUCCUGGAUGCUUAUGGUACGGAUAGCCUCGGUUUGCUUGAGAAGGCGUGUAAUUCCGAUACGUUUUUGGAAGAACUGACGGGGUUAAACCAAUUGACAAAAGAAGUGGAUUCACUCAUGAUUGAUCUCGACGAUAGUGAUGAAGACAGUGAUAUGAUCUAA